UAAACUACCUGGCCGCGAUGUUGCAACUAUACUUCACAGCGGUGGCAUAUCUCGCACAGCUAGCCGCAGCACACGGUGGCGCCCUUAACUACACCGUCGGCGAUACCUGGUACGCAGGCUACGAUCCCUUCGGCCCCAAGGACCAAGACGAUGCCCCCUACAUCGUGCAACGAAAAUGGAUCACCAACGAGCCCAUCUUCGAGACCACGAACGCCAGCCUAGCCUGCAACUUCCCCGGUAACCCCGCCCGAGCCUACAUCCCCAUCAACGCGGGAGAAAACAUAACCGCCGUCUACAACACCUGGGUCCAUACCGUAGGCCCGAUGAUAGCGUGGCUCACGCCGUGCGCGAAUAAUGACUGCUCGACAUUCGAUCCGGCGGGCGCGGAGUGGUUCAAGAUAGGCCAGCAGGGGCUUCUCUGGGGCACCAUCGAGGGCGGCGGGUGGUUUCAGAAGGAGUUUUCGAGAUGGGACGGCUCGCCGAGCUUGUGGAGUGAGAGGAUUCCUGAGACGUUGAGGGCGGGGAAGUAUCUUGUUAGGCAUGAGAUUAUCAGUCUGCAUUCGGCGCACAAACCACAGUUUUACCCUGAGUGUGCGCACUUGGAUGUGAAGGGGUCGGGAACGGGGUUUCCGACGAAGGAGUUCAUGGCGAAGAUACCGGGUGUUUACUCGAUGGAUCAGCCAGAGAUCAAUAUAGAUGUGUAUGAUCCGGAGAUAUCGACGAAGACAGAAUACAAGAUCCCAGGACCUCUAGUUUGGACAGGUUGAGCAUCGCCGCUCCUGGC